AUGGCUGAAAUAGGACGAAUGGAAAUCGAACAUGAAAAUUCUUCAUCAUCUGAUGACACAAGUUCAAGUUCAUCAUCAAGUCAUUUUGAUAAUUAUGAGUUAAAUAUAUAUGAUGAAAUUCAUUCAUUUGAUAUUAACAAUGUGUUAGAGACUAAUAAUUAUUUUAAUGAUAAUAUUACACAUUACGUUGAACAUCAUUUAAAUCGUUUUUCAUCAUAUUCUGAAAUAAAUGAAGAACAUGUUCAAUUAGCAUUUGAUGAUUUAAUUUUAAAUUUAUUACAGAUAUAUAUAAUGGUUCUACAUCAUUAA